AUGCUCCUUCUGAAGCUGCUUUUCAUACUGAUUCUGCUGCUGUGCUCUCCACCUGCAAACUACGGAUGCCAUCGUAACUGGAACCAUCGGCUGGAAUCCUUGAAUGGACAAAAAAGGAACCUGACUAAGCAUAUAGGACCAAAACAAAAUCUACUGAAAGAAUGUUAUUUAGACGACAUCAGCAGCAGUAUAAAGGCUUUGUGGUUUGAAUCAUCGUUCAAGGCUAAUAUCUUGCCAAUGCAACGCUUUCUCCUCUCAGGAACUGUACAUUUGCAAUUGAGUGGAGUUCUAAGGACCGAAUGUUCGGAAACCUAUAACUCCUCAUACAAAUCAUCAGUCACGAUGCUUUACCUGAAUCUAAUCUUUAUUCUUCUCCUGCUAUGUGCUCCACAUGCUUAUGGAUGUAUACCUAAAGUGGACGAGACCAUAGAGAAGACGAACGAGCAAGUCACGAAGGAGAAGGAAAUCUUGGAGAAGUGCCUCAAUGACAAGGAUAAAUGCGAUAUAAAAUUGAAAUGAUUGUAAUGGCGUUAAAUAAGCAUUGAAAAGCACUGUCAAUGACAUCUUAUUCGUCACCAAGAAACCUACGCGUUAGAUCUUUCAGCAAAUAUAUUUCCACAAACGGUUGUUCGUGGCUCAUACUCUAAAGUACUGGUGAAAUAAGGC